ACUUGUAUAAAGUAUCAAAAUUAGUAUUUAAUCCCCAUUGUUAACAAAUACUAUCGCAUCAAGUCCACCCAAUUUCUCCAAUAACACUACUCUUCAGUCAAAACCCUCACCGGCGGCGAUUUCUCUCAGUUGCUCCGGUGAAAUCGCCAUGAAUCUCCGUAUUGUACAAAACGAACAGCAAGACAAUCGCUAUGACCUCUUCGAUGUUCACUUCCACACCGACGUAAUCAAAACAAUGGUAACUUGCGAUCCCGAUAUGGUCACUGAAUGGAUCUCCGAAAUCGAAUCCUCUCACUCCGGAAAUCGCCGUCUCAUCGCCGGACUUGACGUGGAAUGGCGUCCUAAUUUCAACCGCAACCAGCAAAAUCCAGUCGCCGUUCUCCAGAUCUGCGUUGAUCGGCGUUGCCUCAUCAUUCAACUCCUCUACUGCCGAUCAAUCCCGGAAUCUCUGGUGAAUUUCCUCGGGAAUCGGGAGUAUGAUUUCGUUGGAGUUGGAAUUGAUAGCGAUGUGGAGAAAUUGUUGGAGGAUUAUGAGCUGAGUGUGGGGAAUGUGGUGGAUUUAAGAAAAAUUGCAGCUGAUGCUUAUGGUAUGAGGAAUUUGAGGAAUGCUGGGUUGAAGGAACUGUGUAAUGUUGUUCUUGGUAAAGAGAUUUUUAAGCCUAGAUCUGUUACUAUGGGUAGAUGGGACAGUGAAUGGUUGAGUUUGAAUCAAAUUCAGUAUGCUUGUCUUGAUGCUUUUGUUUCUUCUGAGAUUGCAAGGCAUUUGAAUGUUGGUUCUUCUUCUUCUUCUUCUUCUGGGUCCUGAAACUUUUUUUCCUGGGUUCUUCUUUUGAUGAAGAUUACUUGGGUUCAAAGAAUUUAGUUGUUCGGAUAAUAAAUAUUUUUACUUUCUAUUUUAAGAUUAUGAUUUCCAAAUGUCUUAGUUUAAUGUUGUUAAAUGGAUUUAUAGUUAUCGCUUA